UUUUUGUUUUUGUUUUUGUUUUUGUUUUUGUUUUUGUUGUUUUCAAAAGCGGCAACCGAGCAGGAACAACGUCAAUGUCUUCUGGAGUUUUGUUUUCCUAGUUGUAUAUUCCCCUAGCUGUCCUUAAUAUACUCAUAUAAUCCAUACUCACCUUUCCUCCUCAUAAUCAUCAUAAUCACGAUCUCUGCAGCGCGGUUCAGCGAACAGGACGCAAAUGAACCCUAAAACUGCAAGAACGCGCACAGACAGCAGGUUAUGACGUCAAUCGGUGUUUCAUCUGCUGCUUCCCCUCGCCGAGCUCGAGCUCUGAGCUUAGUUUGGUUGCUGGGUUGGUUUAGUCGCUGCUGCUGCUGCUGCUGCUGCUUCAUUUCGUUUCGGUGCAGGCUGGUUGAGGUUGGAGAGGAGGGUGAGGUGGUUGGAAAAUGGUGCGGUCGCGCUGGGAUACCGCUCUGGUCAUGGUUUCUGUGCAAAACACGCGUUCACUCCGAAAGACGACGCAAGAUGGAAUUUAAUAAGAAUCCGCUUGAACCAAGCACGAUUGAAGUAUUCAAACCAGAACAGUCAGAGCAGAAUAACCACAGCAGCAGCAACAAAAUAGUACUUACUCGGUCAACGAGAAGGACAGAGAUAAAAUAUCAAGUCGACGCCGGAACUUUUUCCGAACCGGGCGUAGCUUCAGCGAUACUCGCUCGGUCCACAUGUGAUUUCUUCACAUUCUGGCACCGGCACAUGUUCAUCCUCGAACUGAUACUGUUUCUAUUUCCCAAUCCUCUUUCUCCUCUGUCUUCCUUGUUAUCAUCGUCAAUAUCAGACACUCAACAUGCCUCCUCGUCCGGCUGCGUGCCGGAUCGCCGACGACGGUACAAUCCCCUCACUUCACCAACAGCAGAGUUCUUAUCGGUUUUAUCCCCGCGGGGAAGAGAACAGCAGAUUAAAAGAUUACUCAACCUGAGCUAGUAGAGUAGAGUCACCGCGAUCAGGUUUAUAAUCAUCUCCAGCGCCCUCUCCUCCUAUCAAAACAACUGACAAUUGACUUCUUCACGCUCAAUUGCACGGAUCGCUUUCUUUGAUUGAUACUCGCGAUGACGGAUUUUAGUAUUUCCAACCUUUUUGGCGUCGAGGGGAUGGUUUGCGUCAUUACCGGCGGCGGAACAGGUCCGUCUUCUCCUGCUCUUUUCUUUUAUCUUCUUAUCGUCG